AUCACCGAGGAGGGUGCAAGGAAUUUAAGAGCUUGGGACUAUGACUUCUGUGGAUAGUUCAUAAACCGUCUGCGUGCUACAUUAUACGCCCAUCCAGCGCUAUUGUUAGAAGUUUUAACGUUACACGCCUUUUCAUCCAUACAGACGGGAACAGAAUGGCAUCGAUUUUGCUCACCAGGUCUCGGACUCCGUUACUGAAAACAUCCAGGUCAUUAAAGAACGAAUUCAGAAAAGGAAAGUUGACCGAGGGAGCAUGUUUUAGUUGCACUGCACUGCGGUUAAUCACAAACAGCAGUCCCGUUGCUCUUGGAGGCAGCGUAUGGCCUCAUGCAUCAUCUGUCCUGUAUCCUGACAAUUUACUGGUGAGUCAGCGGCGCUUGACCAGGUCACCUCGUCUGUACUGUGCCAUCUUAGUACCUGACCGUGUCCUGCCAGGCAACACACACUCCAUUUACAACAGGACAGUUCGUUGGGUGCACACUACUGGCCGUCUCCAUGACGAUUCAAAGGUAGAGCGUUCUUUACGUUUACUGAAGGAUCGGAAUAAAAAGCUUGAGGAGGGUGGACCAGUCUACAGUCCAAUGGUAGAUGCAGAACCUGUACGAAGGACAAUUGGGCAGCGAGUGAUCGAUGAGGUGAAGCACUACUAUCAUGGAUUCCGCCUUUUGUGGAUAGACACAACUAUCGCUGUGCGCAUGCUCUGGAGGGUACUGAACGGAAACAUUCUCUCAAGGAGAGAAAGGAGACAGUUCCUGAGGACUUGUGCAGAUGUCUUCCGGCUUCUCCCCUUUCUGGUUUUUAUCAUCGUUCCAUUUAUGGAAUUUCUGCUUCCCAUUGCAGUGAAGCUUUUCCCUAACAUGCUGCCGUCUACCUUUGAGACACAGUCCAUAAAGGAGGAAAGGCUGAAGAAGGAGCUGAGAGUGAAGUUAGAGAUGGCAAAGUUCUUGCAGGACACAAUCGAGGAAAUUGCACUAAGAAACAAAGCAGCCAAAGGCAAUGUGACCGAGGAGUUCUCCACUUUCUUCCAGAAGAUACGUGACUCCGGAGAGAGACCCAGUAAUGAGCAGAUCUUACGGUUCUCAAAGUUGUUUGAGGAUGAACUGACUUUAGAUAAUCUGACACGGCCACAGCUGGUUGCUCUGUGCAAGCUGCUGGAGCUGCAGUCAAUCGGCACCAACAACUUCCUGCGCUUCCAGCUCAUCAUGAAACUCCGUGCCAUCCGAGCAGAUGACAAGAUGAUAGCAGAGGAGGGAGUGGACAUUCUGAAUGUCAAUGAGCUGCAGUCAGCGUGUCGUGUGAGAGGGAUGAGAGCUCUCGGGGUGACGGAGGAGAGGCUUAGAGAGCAGCUUAAACAGUGGUUGGAGCUUCAUCUGAAUCAGCACAUCCCCACAUCUCUUCUACUGCUGUCCCGAGCCAUGUUCCUGCCAGACACACUGUCCCCUGAAGACCAGCUGAAAACCACACUACAGAACCUGCCCGAGAUAGUGGCUAAAGAGGCACAGGUAAAGGUGGCAGAGCUGGACUUCUCUAAAGUGGAUAAUAAGACCAAGCUGGAGGCCACUCUGCAGGAAGAGGCAGCCAUCCGCGAGGAGCACCGAGAGAGAGAGCUUGAGAGACUGGCUGACGCUGCAGAGAGAGCAAAGGAACAGGCUGCACAGGAGGGUGAGAUGCUGGAGUUGGAUGCAAACCGGCGGGUGGAUGCUGAGCAUGUUCUCUCCAGUGUAGAUGUAGCCAUUCAUUCAGAAACACUACGAGAUACUGCACCAGUAGUGGAGGGUAUUAAGGGUGAAGAGAUCACUAAGGAGGAGAUUGACAUGCUGAGUGAUGCCUGCACCAAACUGAAAGAGCAAAAGAAACUGCUCACCAAAGAGAAGGAGGAACUGGAAGAGCUGAAGGAUGAUGUGCAGGAGUAUAGCGAGGACCUGGAGGAGAUCAAGCGAGAGCUGUCUAAGACUGGACAAGAGAAGGUGGUGGAGGAGUCUAAAGCAAGUAAACGUCUGUCAAAGCGGGUCAACCGUAUGAUUGGCAGGAUUGAUAAUAUCAUCAAUGAGCUGGAGAAGGACAAGUCCGUGCUAGACGGACAGAUGGACAGCAGGACCACACCACCAAUUGGUGUGUUACUGUCCUACAGGGAGAAUCUGAUUAGCAUCAACGAGCUCAUUGCCAUAAUGAGGCAGAUCCAGAGCAUUCCUGAACACAAGCUGCUCAGCUUGGCAGAGGCACUGGAUGAGAACAAGGAUGGCAAGAUUGACAUUGAUGAUGUCAUCAAGGUGGUAGAGCUGAUCGAUAAGGAGGACAUCGAUAUCUCCACCAGCCAGGUUGCAGAGUUCAUGGUCAUGCUGCAGAAGGAAGAGAAGUUGGUGGAGAAGGAGAAGGCUGAAAAGGAGCAGGCAGCUAAAAUCCAAAACUAGACCUAAAACUGAGAGCAAUAUGUAGGGAAUGGAAAAGAACAUUAAUGUGUUAAUAUGUUUCAGAAUGAGGCUGAAGCUAAGGCUGACCUCCUCUGUAUUCAGUAAAUAAUAUAUAGUGUUUUUCUUUUUGGUUUGUUCAGAGAGAAAAGCACUUUUUAGAAGGGAAGACAGAUUACCCUGAGUGUUUUGUUUUACACGCAUAAAUUAGAAACAAAUGUUGCUUUGUUCAUAGAAUGACUGAAUGACUGAAUUGAAGAGAUAAUUAUUUAUUAGAAAACAAAGGAUAAUUCAGAGAAUAAUUUUAGAGGACUAUUUGUUGACUUUGUUUUUGAAAAGACCCUUAAGAAACAACAAAAAAUAAUUAAUAUAAAAAAAAGACACUAUUGUUCUCAUUUUACCCCGUUCAUCAAUUGGCAGUGAUGUAAUUUCCUGUGCAUAUUACAUCACCCGUCACCAUCAUUCCACUUCUCACUUAGAUUUAUUCAGUUUUGUCUUUUUUUUAAUUUAUUUUUUAUUCAUUUUCAUCACAUUUAUGUUUAUUUAAUAACCAAAGAGAAAUUGUUGCAGAGGUUAUGCUUCAUUUAUACUCGUAAAUACACAUUUAUGUGCACCUUUUAUGGCUAGGUUGAGGUAAUAUUGGGCUGUAUUCCUAAAGCACUUAAGUUUUAUUCAGGGCUGAAGCUUUUGUACCGACCUGAAGACAGUGAAGGACUAAUCGAUAUGUCAGAUUUGUAGUUUUGAUUUGUAGGAUUGAUUUCAGUGUCAUACCAGAUUUAUAUUGUGGCCUUAGUAAUAAAAAACAAAAUAAUAAUACAAGUGCCCAAAAUAAUCUCAAGGCAUUAAAAAAAAUUCAUAGACAAAAUAUUUAGCAAUUAUCGUCUGUCUUAACUGCUAUAAACUGGCUUUUAGCUGAUGUGUGUUUGGAAAAGAUUGAACUUUAGCCAAUGUGGGGUAUGCUUAGCCCAUCUCCUGCAAGAAGAUGCCAGUCUGGACACAGUAAGAAUAUGCCUUGAAUAAUCUUUAACUCCUUACAUGGAGAUUAUACGAGUGGUGGUAGUGUUCCCAUGUGGACAUACACACUGUUCCAGCUGAGCAUCUACAUAAACUGGAAUGUGUUGAUCAGCAUGAGAACCACAUGCUCACUGUUUUGAUGGCCUGUGUCUGGUAGCGUAGUUUCACUGGGCACACAAGGCAGAGAAUACAUCUCACGUAAACCUAAACAUGUCACGCAGAGGGACCAGCAUAACCUCGGAAACACUGUUCCUGUGCUGUGUCUCAGACAGAGAGAUGGACAAUCUAGCUGUCUGAGUCUAGGCGCCUGUUUAACAAUUUGUCCCUUAACUUACCUAGGGCACCCUUCAAGAGAGAGUUGAUAGUUCACCCAAAAAAAGUCUGUCAAAAAAUGAAAAGUCUGUAAUCAUUUUACUCACCCUCCUGUUGUUUUAAAGCCCUAUGACUUCCUUAGUCACCAUUUUUCUUUCAUAGUAGUGUAAAAAGUUACAAUGGAAGUUAAUGGUGACUGAGGCUAACAUUUUGCUUUUAACAUCUAACAUCAGGCUAACAUCUCUUUUUGUGUUCCACGGAAGAAAACGUAAGUUUUACAGGUUUGGAACAAACUGAGGGUGAGUGAAUUAUGACAGAAUUUUCAUUUAUGGUGAACUAUCCCUUUAACUACAGUAAAGGCUGUGUGUAUAUUUGAAUCUUGACGAUGGCAUUUAGGUCUUAAACUAUAGUCAAUUAUUAGUAUUACUAUAGUGUAUGAUAAUCUAUGUUUGUGUUUAAAGAGCGGAGAAUAUGAUGCUGAUGUAUAAUUGCACUAUAAAUUAUUCUGAGCUUUAUUUUAUCCAUUUUGGGGUGUUCAUUAGACUCAGGAAGAUGCAUGUUAUGUCUGUAUGUGCACAUUGAGAGAUAUUUGAGGAGUCGCACACUUGAAUUUUUACAAUGGUAGAUGGGAGGAAGUGUGAAUGUUGUAGAAAUGUAUAAAGGUAUUUUGCUAACGCUUUUUUUUUUUUUUAUAUAUAUGAAAAUUUUAAAUGAGCUGUCAGAUUAAUUAAUAAAAGAAAGUGCAGGUGCACAUAAAACUGACCAUAGAUGGAAAGGCUAAAAAAAUAGUGAAACAUUAAUUACUACAGGAAUUAACUAAUUUAAAACUUAACUAAAAUAAUUUGGAACAAAGAUCAUUUGUGCUCCCCUUUAAAGUCCUGUAAAUGUUGUCCUUCCUAGUAUUCUGACCAUCCUGCAUUUGUUAGGAGGUCUGUUGUUUUUUUUUUUUUAAUUCUCCAAGAGAACAAGUCUACAUUACAUUAGUACUGUUACGCUAGUUAAAUUAUAGACUGAAAAUGGAUAAAAAGAGUGACAUGCAAAAGAAAUGUUAUUGAAAUCAUUAAGAUGCAACAUAAUAUAAUAAUUUACGUACAAUAUAUGUAAAUGCACAUACAUCAAAGUGGUUCCAGAGUUGUGAAUAAAACCAGACUGAUCUAAGAAAAGUUGUUAAUAAUAUAUUUUUUUGUCUUCUAUUAUUGACACACAUCCAUGUGCAUUGCCCAUAAUUUCAUAUACAGUCACUAUAACUUUUCAUUUUUAUUCUUAUUUGUGAUUAUUCAUUUUAUUUUCUCUUUUAUUACUUUUCUCUCCCCUGCUGCACUGUCCAUCCAUUACUGAGUGCAUGGAAUCAGAUCCCAGUGAUCUUCUUCACUGUAAUGGAUAGACUAUUUAUUUGACUUGUUACUGCCGACAGCUUUAUGGUAUUUUUUAUUUUUUUUCUUCACAAAGAAAAAGUUCAAAGACAGUGCCUACUUGAGAAGGAGAAAAUAGGACAGUAUCAAAUAGUAUGGGAGAAAGGGGAGUCUUUCGAGAUUUUCAAGCACUUAAAUUUAACUUGAUUAUGAGAUUUAAAAGGCACAGAAAUGAAUGAAGUCCAGUUUGAAUGCACUCUGUUGUUACACAAAUUCUUUAGUGUAAAAAGAGAAAUAUUUUUAUAGGAAAUGCUUAAAAUGAUUUCUAAUGCUAUACCUGCACUAUGACUUUCUGGAUUAACAAAUUGAGUACUGAAAGCUACAGUAUUAGAAGCUCUGAAAAAGUACCAAUCAGAUUCUGAAUACAGUUAGAAAACCUGCCUUUAUCAGCCUGCCUAUAUUCAGGCUUAAAAUCAAAGUUUUCUAUAUCUAAUAUUGAUCUUAAUCCGAAAUGAAAACGACACCCUAUUCUGUUAUAGUGCAUCAAAGCUUUUGACAUAUUGUCUGUUUCAAAACAGUGUUGAGAUCUUCUCGUUGGAGUUUGAGUCUAAUUUAUGAAUGUGUAUUUUGGGGUUUGAUAAAGUGUUGAGGUUAUUUGUGUCUGCAGUCAAUUUCUGAGAAUGUUUGUAGAGUGACAAUAUUUGCCUGACCACAUGAGGGUGCUAUAGACUUAGUUAAUCAAGUCGAUUGUCAACAUAGUUAUAACAUCCCUUUUUGUUAUUCUGCAAUGUAUGACAACAAUGUAUAUGUAGUUCAUGAAGUCAACCUUGUAUUGGUUGCAUCAUAUAAAUGCUGAUUCUCAAAUAUUAUGUACAUUCAUAGCAGUAUAUCAUCAAAUCUGACAACAUUCACUACUGUUACAUGCAAGCACAGGUUGAUAUACACCACCGCUGCAGAAAAGAGACAAAUACCAGCCUAGCUUCUAAUCAUAGUGUCUUAAACUCAAACAAUCUGAAACCCAGACUAAAAAAUGAAUUGAAAUUAGGCUGUUUACAAGAAUAACCUGUGCAGACUUGAAAUGGGCUGAAUGACAGGUCGGAGAGUCAUAGUAAAUAAUUUAGCCCUGUAAGUAAGCCAUGAUGUGGGCUGGUAGGAGGACACUGGUCUGACAUCUGAAGUUAAACAGCUCCAAGUCUACCUGUAAAACUGAACUUCUCUGGCCGACAUCUCUGAGAGUUUAUACUUUAGGUGCAGUGCAGCGUGGUUAGAUGGAGAAAGAUUGCAUUUAAUGUAUAUAGUGUACAUUGUUUUGGGUCACUUUUAUAGCCUUGACAGUGCUGAGAGCAGUCUAAAAGAAAUGAAUGGUGCAUGCUUUAUUACUGUUUAGUUCAGUAGACCGUAGACACUGAGUGCUUGCUUAGAAAGGAUUCUUGGAGUUCUCAGAUUCUUCUGCUCUUUCUGCUUACAUAUUUUCCCACACUUUUUUGUACCUGUGAAAUAUGUGAGCAGACAGGGAGAGCUUGUUUAAGCUGCAGUAUAGCCUAUUCAGUGUUUUGCAAUAAGCUGUUGGUAAUAUGUUCAUAAUCAUAUACACUUGUAGCUUUGUGGUGGGCACUAUU